CAAAUUGAUUUGCCAUCUAACCACGGAAUAUCCCCGCGAAGAGGAACGAGAUGAGAACGCUAUUCUAACCUACGCCUUGUCAAUGGUUUCUUCGCUGCUAAUUUACGCAUCAAUUUCGCCAUUCUUCAAGUUUCAUCUUCAACCCAACAAUCCACUCAGUGGAGGAUAUUAUCUCUUGUUGGUGUGAUCUAAUCCAUCGUCUUCACUCUCUUCUCUGCAAAUGUUCAGGUUCUUCCCUUUCACUCGCACACAACUGAUCACCCACGUUCUUCGCCGGAAAAUGAUUCUGAUUUUUGUUGAUUGAAUCACCAAUCAUGAUGGGAAAUUCCAAGCUGCAGUUCUUGUUUCUUCAUCUUGCAUUUUCUUUGUGCAUAUUUAUUAGCUAUCUGGGCUUUGGGGACGCAGGGAUCACUAGUUCGUUUAUUCGAUCAGAGUGGCCAUCCAUUGAUAUACCUCUUGAUAAUGAAGUGUUUGCUGUUCCAAAAGGUUACAAUACCCCCGAACAGGUGCAUAUCACCCAGGGUGACUAUGAAGGCAGGGCCGUUAUUAUCUCAUGGGUAACACCUGAUGAGCCAGAGCCCAAUAGUGUACAAUAUGGUACGUCAGACGGAAGUUAUGAGUUCACUGCAGAGGGAGCAGUGACAAACUACACCUUUUAUAAAUACAAGUCCGGUUACAUUCAUCACUGUCUUGUUGCUGACCUCAAGUAUGAUACCAAGUAUUAUUACAAGAUUGGGAGUGGUGAUUCUGCUCGAGAAUUCUGGUUCCAGACACCCCCAAAGGUUGAUCCAGAUGCUUCUUACAAAUUUGGGAUAAUUGGUGAUUUGGGUCAGACGUUUAAUUCUCUUUCUACUCUUAAGCAUUAUAUGAAGAGUGGAGGGCAGACAGUAUUGUUUCUUGGAGAUCUCUCUUAUGCUGAUAGGUAUCAAUUUAAUGAUGUCGGUCUAAGAUGGGAUACAUGGGGUCGAUUUGCGGAGCAAAGUGCAGCAUAUCAACCUUGGAUUUGGUCUGCUGGAAAUCAUGAAAUAGAGUACAUGCCUUACAUGGGUGAAGUUGAACCUUUCAAGUCCUAUAUUCAUCGGUAUCUGACACCUUAUUUAGCAUCCAAAAGCAGCAGUCCUCUUUGGUAUGCAAUCAGAAGGGCAUCUGCUCAUAUUAUAGUAUUAUCUGCCUACUCUCCAUUUGUGAAGUACACACCUCAAUGGCACUGGCUUCAUGAAGAGUUGGAAAGGGUCGAUCGGGAGAAGACGCCAUGGUUGAUUGUUCUUAUGCAUGUUCCAAUCUACAAUAGUAAUGAAGCACAUUUCGAGGAGGGUGAUAGUAUGCGGUCAGUAUUUGAAAGUUUGUUCGUAAAGUACAGAGUUGAUGUUAUCUUUGCCGGCCAUGUCCAUGCUUAUGAACGAUCGUAUCGAAUUUCAAGCGUACACAACAAUGUAAGUGGCGAUCAUCACAUCGUACCAGACAAAUCAGCUCCUGUAUACAUUACAGUUGGAGAUGGUGGUAACCAGGAAGGUCUUGCUGGAAGGUUUAAAGAUCCACAACCAGAGUACUCAGCAUUUAGAGAAGCCAGUUAUGGGCAUUCAACUUUGGAAAUAAAAAACAGGACUCAUGCAUUGUACCAUUGGAACCGAAACGAUGAUGGGAAGAAAGUGGCAACAGAUGCAUUCGUUUUACGCAAUCAAUACUGGGCCCGUAACCGUCGAAGGAGAAAACUGAAGAAACAUAUUCAGAUGGUGAUUGAUGAGGGCAUGGCCUCUUGAUAUCAGCCGUUAAGCGCCUAGGGUACAAUAAGCUUAAAACUGCUUUGUGUAAGGAAGUAGACUUUUAAUAUGCCUCUGUUUUACAGAGAUGGUUAGCUUUGGCUUUUCAAAUGGGUUCAUUAAGCUUGGGAAUGUAUAUUGUUUGGAUGGACCUCAAACCCUUCACUGAUCCUUUGCCUUUGCUUUAUAUAGUUCACUUUUAGCAGGCCAGCUUUUGAAUUGAACAGAUGAUGAUGGCCAGUGGCUAUAUUAGUGUAGUACUCCCCAGGCAACUUUACCAUCCAAAUAUUUCGCCUUUGCUUCUGUGUAAUAAUUAAACCUGUCAUUAUUAUUAUUUUUUCAUGGA